AAAAUUGCGGUGCGGUUUGGGUUGGAAAAUUUUCAAACCGUAUAUUUGCGGUUUGGGUUGGGUUACAUCCCAAACCGCACCAACCCAAACCGCGAACACCCCUAUUUAGGAGCGCUUAAAUAGCAACACUUGUUAAAAAAAGUGUUGACUCCAAGAAUUGAUGGAAUAAAUUGGAGCACUUUUAACAAAGCGUUGCUAGUUUCUAAUAUUUUGUGAACAAAAAAGCCGCGUAAAAUAAAAAAAAUUUCAAAGCUCCCACCACUAAAGCAAGUAACGCUAAAUUAGGAAGAAAAAACAAACCCCUAAUUCACUCCAACUCCUUCCCACGUUCAACAACUCCACAUUCUCUGAAAAUUCAGUCGAACAAGAUCGAGUUUCACGUUCGAAAUUUGAACGACUCUAAUUAAUUCCAGCAAGAAUCCAGUUUCCUUGAAAUUUCGCUGCUCUAAGGAAGGAUUCCAAUCCCUUAUUUCUCUCAACAAGUAGGAAGUCUCGGCAGCUUUGUUUUGGCUAUCAACAAUAAGUUCUCUUGAACCCUCUUCCAUCAGUUUAGUUGAUCAUGGAUUUGAGGCCAAUUAAAGAAAAUUUGACUUGGCCAAUGAAGGCAGCACAAUAUCGACUAGGAGUUGAAGGGUUUAUGAGUUAUGCUAUUAAGACUUUAACAUGUGAUGGUAAACUUAGAUGUCCUUGUAUGAAGUGCGUUAAUCACAAGCUUUUGAGUCCAGAUGAUGUAAAUCUCCACUUGCUUCAUUUUGGAAUGAUGCAUAAUUACACUAUCUGGAUUUUUCAUGGUGAAAAAGUGGAUCCAGUUCCAAUUUCAAGUCCUUCCGAACCUAUGGUAGAAGAUGAGAUUUUACCUUAUACUGAUAUGCGACAGUUGGUGCAUGACACAUAUGGUCAUAGAGGUGAUGAUCCAAACAUAAGUGAGAACGGUGACCAAAGCACUCAUGGCCAAAAUAAAGAAGCCCAAGACUUCUAUACGCUUCUCAAUGACGCUGACACAGAGUUAUGGCCCGGAUGUGAAUUAACCAAGUUGUCAUUUUUAGUACUUCUUUUUCAUAUUAAGAGUACUAACAAAUGGACUAAUAAGUCUUUUAAUGACCUACUAGGAUUUUGUCAACUUGCAAUUCCUAAUAGUGCAAAUUUACCCAAGUCAUUUGCAGAGGCUAAAAAGGUCACUCAGAAGUUAGGCCUUGGCUAUGUUAAAAUACAUUCAUGCCCAAAUCACUGUCAGCUUUAUUGGAAGGAUAAGGCUAAUGAUGAUAAUUGCUCAGUUUGUGGUGCUUCUAGGUGGAAAAGAGUAAGUGAGCAGACUACUUCAACAGGACGAAAGAAAAAAAAAGGAACUCCUGCAAAAGUAUUACGCUAUUUUCCUUUAAAGCCUAGACUUAAGAGAUUGUUUAUGUCGAAGCACACUGCCUCCUUGAUGAGGUGGCAUCAUGAUGAACGUAAAGAGAACAAAGAUGUAUUAGGGCAUCCGGCUGAUUCAGAAGCUUGGAAGAACUUUGAUAGUAGGUAUCCUGAAUUUGGUAAAGAGAGUCGCAAUGUUAGGCUUGGACUUGCUAGUGAUGGUUUCAAUCCCUUUGGGAUGAUGAGCUCUACUCAUAGUUGUUGGCCUAUAGUUUUGGUGCCGUAUAAUUUGCCCCCAUGGUUAUGUUUAAAAAAGUCAUUUCUUAUCCUUUCAACACUAAUUCCCGGUCCAACUAGUCCUGGAAACAAAAUUGAUGUAUAUAUGCAGCCCCUUAUUGAGGAGUUGCUCGAGCUUUGGAAUGUUGGGAGUGAGACUUAUGAUGCGUUUAAGGAUGAAAAUUUCAAUAUGCGUGCUGGGCUAUUAUGGACAAUCAGCGACUUUCCAGCUUAUGGAAUGCUCUCUGGCUGGAGUGUACAUGGGGAAAAGGCGUGUCCUUGCUGCAACAUUGACACAGCUUCUAAGUGGCUAAGAAAUGGUCACAAGUAUUGUUUUUGGGCUCAUCGUCGUUGGUUAGAUUUCGACCAUGCAUUUCGACUGAACUAGUAUCCUUUUUACUC